AUGUCGCGCUACAACCAGUAUGGCAACUACUACGAUCCGGUUGGGAGUCAGGCAAAUCAGCCUACGGGAUAUACCUAUCAAGGUGCUGCUUCUGGCUACGCGAACCCGCCAUCUUCGACGGGACAUGGGUCUACAAACUACCAGAGCUAUGGGACACAGCAGUAUGCGUCGAAUGCGCCGCCGUCCAACAGCAGCACCACUCACGCGGCAGCUGCGUUGAGUGCUCUGAGCGGUCAGAACUACAGUCAACCAUCUUCGACAAAUACAACUUCAAGCAGCCGCUACGACAAUUCGAAUUGGUCCAAUGCUGGCGCGAAUACUGCUGGCUAUGGCGCAAAUACUCUGGCAGCGCCCAAUCGCACUCAAAGCAACAACUCGCCUCUCUACUCGAGCGCGCACUCUCCAAACACCUUUGGUAGACGCAGCGUUGCCGAGCAGUCACAAAGCUCCAUGAACUCGGAUGGGACUUCUCAGAUGACAUACCAGAACGCGCCGUCAAGUGCGGGCGUAGGAGGUGGCUCAUAUCAGUCUACCCACAGCCAGCCAUCAGCGCAACCGCCGCGGUACAACAGCCCCCUCCAUGCCGUGCAAGCUCAACAACGGGGCCAGCCUCAGCAAAACUGGCAGUCAUCAACCCAGAACCAAUCGCCGCAGCUCGGUAAUGCAAGUCAUUCAACCCAGCACAAUCGCCAGCAGAUUGCGUCGGUUGAGCCUUCAACAACAGUCGAUCCAUCCCAAGUGUAUGAUAACCGGGCCGAGCUUCAGCGUAAAGCGCAGAUCGAGGCCGAGAGGAGGAAAAAGCACGAAGCUGAACAGGCUGCGCGGAAGGCAGAAGAGGAGCGGAUAGCUGAGGAGACGAGAAAGCAGGAGGCGGCAAGGAGAGAGGAGGAGGCUGCCAGAAAAGCGGAGGAAGAGGCUGCUAAGAAGGCAGAGGCGCAGAAACGUAAGAAUGAGCAGAGGCAGAAGGCGAGAGAGGAGAAGAAGCAGAACAAGGACGCGGCUACGGUUUUGCAGCGAAUGUCGUCCGGCAACGCUGAUACAUACGUCGAGCCUGCCGUGAAUGACGAAGAAGCAGAGAUGCGAGCAAUGUUCCAGAAAAUGCGAGAGUUCAACGCGAAGAACCCAGCAAUGCUCGCGAAAUUGUGGGAUGAAGAGCGGAAGUCGCAUGAAGCAGUUAAGAGUACUCCCACACCUACGCCAGCGCCAGCAGCGCAGGCUCCGGCGUCACAGCAGAAAGCGUUGAACGCGACAUCCCCACAAGCGACAGCGGCGAACCAGAUCCGACCUUUCGCCAGACCGGCCGCGCCUGCGAAACCUCCAAAGACUGCAUCGGCAACCAAGCAAGGACCGACGCAACAGGCCACGCCGCAGCCAAACAUGGCCCAGUCCCCGAAACUGCCACGAAACCAGUCCAACACCUCACUCUGGCCGCCGCAUAAGAAGGGCGCUCUAGCAGAGGUAACUGCGAAAUGGCUGCUGUCUAUUCACGAGAACGAGGGUCAGACUAUUUCACCGAAAAACGUGCUCGAUAUUCUGGAUCAAAAUCCUUCUUAUGUGCGGCUGUGCGAGUCUUUGGAAGGCUUUGGCAUGGUCUUCGACCGGUCCACUUUGGCACGGGAGUUGCUGAAGGCGGUGCCAGACGGCUUGAAAACGCAGACCGCGCCGAAAGCGGCAACACCUCUAAGCGGACUCAACCGCGCUGCAGCGCAAGGUACUGGCGCCUCAACCGGAUCGCCUAACGUCCUAAGAGGCAAGGGGAAGCAGAGGAGGGAAGAUUCGAUGAGUGCGCCGAGGCCAACAAACACUGUGAACUACGAAGCUCCUAUCUCUUUAUCUGAGGUAGCCAGGGAACUCAGCACAUCGGGUAGGCGGCCUUCGCAUUCCACGAACAUGCAGAACAGCCCGCCGCAGCAGCAACAGUACUCACAGAGUCCUUACUUCGCACAACCACCAUCGUUCACCAAUGGCAGCCGACCCGCUUCUCAGGCCGGAGUACCUGAGAUGAAGCCGGAGGUCAAACCAGAAAAGCCGCCCAGACCACCUGCUGACAAAGAGGAGGCCGCACGGAAGCGUACUUUUGGCGAUCUUGUCGACCUCACCGCGGAGGACUCUGAUGAAGAGCAGGGCCCGCCGCCGAAAAGGGUGAUGGGCCCCACGGCCGCGCCUUCCAAUAGUUUCCCACCACAACAUAGGGACCCUCUUGCUUAUAUUGCACAGCCUACCACCUUCAAGAAUUAUAUGGACGCACCAAAUCACGAGCAUCGAACCAAGACAACGCAUGGUCCGCCUGGCUUCACUGUUCCUACGCAGUGGCCACCGGGGUCUUCGAAUGCACAGCCGCCGAAGCAAGAGAGUGGCGUGCCGUCGCCGUAUGGACAACCGGCGACAAACGUUCUUCCUUCUCAGCUACCAGCGCCUCCUCGACCGAAGGGUCCAGCACAGGAACAAUUACAGCUUGCCCGAAUGAAAGGCAAGAUGCUUGUCGAGCCCAUCAUGCGGGAUCGUGUUGCGCGCAAGUCGAGGUACGACAGCCGCACCAUCGCGAGAGAUGUGCUUCUUGCCACCGGACGGCACCCGGACAUGCGCGGGUUGAACGCACACUUGUCCGUAAUGCAAAAAUUGCUUGGACAGCAUGGUAUCGAUGCGGAGGGCGGCAACAGGUUUGAUCUGAAGACGAUCAGGUGGGAUGCCAUCGAUCCAGACCCGCCAAAAGUAGAGGAGAAGGAGAAGCCAUUGGCGCCCAAGAAGACCUCUGAAGUCGACGCAGAACGCAAAGACAGCGAGGAGGUCGCGGUGGCUCAAGACACCGCCGCUCGCACCGCUUCACCGCCUGCUCUUCCAGCAAAAAAGAAGCGUGGUCGUCCCGCGAAGCUGACUAAUCCCGCUCCCCCGCGUCCAGCAACUGCGGCUUCGCGUGACAGCCAAACGCGCACCAACCCACCAACGCCUUCACUUCCUUCUCCUGCCGACAUGGCUUCCAGCUGCCAACCUCUCGGCUACUCCGCCUUCCAGCAGAUCGACCCUCUGACCGGCAAGAAGAAGAAAGGCCGCCCAUUCGGCUGGAAGAAGUCCGUCCAUUCACGUGAAGCGCAAGGCCUCACACCCGCCAAAGCCGGCCAUUCUAUCCGCCCCAAGCCCGCACACGCGAACGCCUCGACUCCUGCUGCCGCCGAGCCCGCCGAACCGCACUACCAAGUCUACCGGUGUGAGUGGGCGGGUUGCAAGAGCGCGCUGCAUAACUUGGAGACGUUGAAGAAGCACAUUGUGAAAGUGCACGGGCGGCAGGAGGAGAGGCAGUUCGAGUGUGAUUGGAAGGGGUGUCUAGAGGGUACGCUGGAUGGGAUUGAGCCGUGGCUGGCGCAUGUGGAUGAGGCGCAUCUGACGCCUAUUGCGUGGAAGUUGGGAGAUGGGCCGAGUGCUGGUGACCCUUCAAGCUUUCGCGAGUCUCCACAAAUACCUUCCUAUCUCAAGGACAGCUACGGCAGAGCCGUCACGCCUGCGAUAGCACCGCGCACGCCUGCCAAGUCGGCUACCUCGGACACGCAACAGCAAGAUACGCUGCAAGAAACUUCACCACCACCGCAGCCCUCCUCGAUGGAAGCUUACGGCCCCAGCAACCCAACAGAGACUAGAGGGCCAAAGUCUGCUACGCUUGUGCUGGACGCAGAGCUGAAGAAGCUGGAAGAGCAGCAGAGGAUCGUAGGGCCGAUCAUGGGGAAGAUGGGCUGUGUGCUUGCGGAUGAAGGGAGGAAGCGGACUUUCCUGGAUGAUGAGGAUUUCGAGGAUGAGGUGGAGGGGAGUGAGCAUGAGGAUGGAUGA